UAACGAUAUCCACGGACAGUAAACGUGAGCAGUGAUCGUAAGCUUUAUUAAAAAAAAAAAUCAUAUUGAGAGCGUUAAUAAUUUCCGAAAUGGCAAUUGGCGGUACUUUAAACGAAAAUUUUGGCAGCUACUCUGUUGGCGUGAAUAAGAGAGCGAAAGGAAUAGUCGCGGAAAAAGCUGAAGCUUAUUUGAAAGCCGUUAAACAAAGCCAACAAGCAAAAGUGACAAGUGUCCAGAGGCCAGUUCUACCACGGUUGGAGGCGCUUCAGAGGGUAGCUAACAUACCCAUCGUGGAGUCCGGCAUUGGAGUCACUGAAAAAAUUUACUUUAGAAUCAGGGAAUCAAAUCCACUAAUACGUUGGUAUUUAACCCUUGGAGAGAAGUCUCUGGCUACUGGAGUUCAAUUGGCGUUACCCGCUGUACAGCUUCUGGAGACGCCGAUACACCAAUUCGAUAGAUUCCUGUGCAUGUCGCUAGAUGUCGUUGAGAAGAGGGUACCUUCAAUACAUUUACCACCUCAAGCAGUGAGUGAACAACUAUUGAAGAUGAAUAUGUACUCAGAAACGCGUCAAUACGUUAUACGCAGAGCUGAUUCAGUAAAGCAAUUGGGAACAGCUGUGUUGGAUUCUCGCGUGACGGCUGUUACCGCUAAUGCCUUGGAUCGCGCUCUAACCACUGCAGACAAAUACGUGGACAAAUAUUUACCACCAGAUUAUCAAGAUGCUGCCGAUGGGAUGGUAAAUCGUGUCUCCGUCUACACACAAAAACAAAUUAGCUCCGUGCGUGAAUAUUUAGUGGCGAUCAUAGUGACGAGCGCGGAAGCUGCGGAGAACGCGGACACGGGGCGUGCGCGCGCAGCGCAGGCCGUGCAACAUGGCGCGCGACUCAAGCGCAAGCUGCAGAGGCGGCUCACGCGGCAAGCUCUCGCUGAGGCCAAGGCUAUCAAGGAACAAAUACACGUGCUUGUCUAUGUGGCUGAACUGGUUGCCACGGAUCCAGUACUUGCUUGGCACAAAGCCAAGGAAUUAUACUCGUCCUUAAGCAAAUCUGAACCAGAGAACCAGGCUCGACCAGAUACCCUUGAACAGCUUCUAGUGCUGCUGUCCCGCGAAACCGCUAGGAAGAUUGUGCAUCUUAUUAACUACACUCACUCUGACCUGCCGAACAAUAUUCGUCAGGGACUAUUGCUUGUCACCAGUCACAUGUCGGUAGUUACGGACGCACUUCUUAAGAUGUUGCCAGUCGAAAUAGCAAUCACAGAAGUGCGUGGACUGCGUAGUAAACUCCACGAACUGCUGCAACAGCUACAGUCAACAUCCAAGACAUAUCUCGAACAGCUCGCUAUGUUUCUAGCGGGAAACGAAGAGCGUGAAAAGAUCGCGCCGCGCUCUAUAUUUGAACAACGAGACGAGUUGGCAACAAUCAAUGGUGUCAACUAGCAAUACGUAAAGAAUAUAUCCCCCCGGAAAGCUUAGCGCGAUUUUUACAAAUAUUCAAAAAAAAAAUUGUUUAGAUUGGGAUGCCGGGUGUGCUAUAUAAUUUUACCAUCCAAUAUUUAUCAGAUUUUGAAAUUAAAAUUAUAACGUUGAAAAAAAAACACUAAGUAUGACUAAAACUUACUAAGACUGAAAUAUUUAGCGUUUUUUUAUGCAUUAUUACAAUUGCAAUUAAAUAAUUGCUCUAUUAAGAUUGCAACCGCUUUUAACGACGUAUUUUUUUUCAAUAGCUAAUAAUAAAAUAAAAACAAGUACGCUAUUGAUAAAUAUUCUUUUUUUGUGUUAAUAUUGUUCUAUGUCGUUAUAAGCGAAAUAUAUUUGUUUUAAUUUAAUUUUAAUACUAUGAAUUAAAAUGAAUCAACAAACAAUAUGCUGUUUUAAACUAACUAGUUGUCAAAUACAGACAUCUUCAUGAUUUAUUAAUAAUAUCUUAAAUGGAUUUAUUUAUUUAAUUAAUAUUUUUCCAAAUAACUAAACGUGUUUUAAGCAAUAGGUCGUAAUCAAUGAACAUUUUAAUGUUAACCUUUUUGCUACAUUUAAAACAGACAUAAUAUGUCAAAAUGUAAAAUAAUAUUUACUAAAAAAUACAAAAUUUUACGUUAGUUUGUUUUUUAAUUUUCAUUUGAUGUAAAAAUGACCAACCCCGCUCAACUUUUAAAGGAAGCCUCCAAUCGCGCUUAUUAUGUAGGUAAGCUUUUGUACAUCUGUUGUAUUAAAUAACGAAAAAAUAAUAAAACAUAUCGGUGUUAGUUGAAUAUUAUUCUAGGGCAAAAAUAAUUUCAUUGGCGUGGAAAAUGAACAAAUCGAAAUGGAAAAGGGAUGGCGAAUUCCGACUGCCCUUUGGUUGAUGGUUAUAGCCUUUUUCUUGUGGAUUGUUAGUUAUGCCUUUGUUAUCAUAUUCAUGUUCCUCUUUGAAGCUACACUAAAAUACUUCUCAAAUUUUGAACUGCAUUGGCUUAAUAAUUCCUUUCCUGGAGAAGAAUUUAUUGAACAAUAUGCAUUGUUUUUAUAUUGAUUGUUAUAUUGAUUGAAAUAAACAUUUUUAUUCAUA